GUUUUUCUCUCAUUUCCCGGGACUGUGGCGCCUCGUGUCUGAUAUAUUAUCGACAGAUAUACUCAACAGAUGUAAAGGCUCGUUCAGAGUGCUGUAGAGAAGUGGUGAUGAGAGAGAAAGAGAGAAGAAAUAUCUAUUAAUAUGUCGGUGUGACGAGGUUCCUCCAUUUGAUGUUGGUGAAUGCGUGUGGCUGGCGGCAGUAGUGUUACCACAUAUUGUAUUUUUGCUGCUACUAAAUAUCAUGAGAAUACAGCACUAUAAAGUACCCUCAUUAAUGUAAGAAAACUCAAGUGUAUAUACAGAGAACCAGAUCCUGUUAGUGUUGGAAGAAAAGUGUUUGUUUACCUACACUGUCACGCGUUAUACAGUAAAGACGGGGAGAGUCUUGAAACUUCACCAUAAUAUUUCGUUCGUGUGUCAACUGAAUAAAACAAACGACCAUCAACAAUGAACAACAGCCGACCGCAACAACCGACAACUCAGACCAUUUCCAUACAACAGCCGCCGUUACCUGACCCAAUAGUAUAUCGCUUCCCGUUCUUAGUGAGGGGAACAUACUGUUGUGGUUGUAGAUGUACAGCUCUGUCCAUACUCUUCAUCUACCUGUGCGGGGUAAUGAACCUCGUCAUAGUAACUAUACUCGGUGUUGAUUCCGCGUCUGCUUUUUUCCUGCCGAUGGGAGGAUUAAUGGCCAUAUUAGGGUAUAGCCUGACAGCCAAGGCCCGUAAGGAAUAUAACGCCCUCCCCCCUGAUCACCCUGACCGCCUCAUGUACUCAAGAAGACCAGGACCUGCCGCUGGGCCAACACCCAUCAGCUACCAUAUGGUGCCGGGGUCCCAGAGCCAAGCCUUAACUCCGGGUGGAGGAGGAGCAGUGAUGGGAGACUCGCUACAGGUAGGUACUGGGGAUCCACAGAUGGGAUCACCUGCUAGUUUUCGAAUGUCUACCUAUCCAUCACCACACGGAGGACAACCUGCUACUUAUCCACCACCACACGGAGGACAACCUGCCACCUAUCCAUCGCCACAUGGAGGACAACCUGCCACCUAUCCACCACCGUACGAAGGGCAACCUGCCACCUAUCCACCACCGUAUGGAGAACAACCUGCUACCUAUCCAUCGCCACAUGGAGGACAACCUGCCACCUAUCCACCAUCGUACGGAGGACAACCUGCCACCUCUCCACCACCGUACGGAGGACAACCUACUAUCUAUACAUCACCUUACGGGGGACAACCCGCUACGUGUCCUCCACCAUAUGCAGGAAUUGAAGGGCGGCCAGGGAACUACACAGCCUCAGCGCCGGGUCUGGAGGUGCAGGACGAUGAGCCUCCCCCGCCCUACUCCGAUGUUGUUAAACAGUUUAUAUAGUGUUCUUUGAUGACGUGUUUAAGUGAAGUGAGUCAGAUAGUUCCGCGAGGGACAGUGUGGUAUGCGACGCUUCUAAACCUUGGAUACACAGCGUGCAGUACUGCUCUGCUUUCGCCUCCUUAGUUUGUAUAUUUAUUUUCUCAUUACAGCUGGGUGGAUAGGGAGUAUAUGUACACAUUAUAACGCACACACAAACACACCGGCUGCAACUCUAUUAGUGAACCGUUUAUUAUUAUUAUUAUUAUUAUUAUUAUUAUUACACACACACACACACACA